AUUAAUUAUGUCCCUUUACAUCGUUUCUUCUCACCUGUCGGACUGAGGAAUAUUUUUCUGGGUUGAGAAGAACGUAAUGAGUGGCGGAGAGUCUUUUAAAAGAUUUUUAAACAUUUAGCACAUAUAAACAAAUAACUUUUUAUCCUUGUUCAAUCCCAUCUAUUUUUUUUUUUUUGUAUUAUUAUUAUCUACUCCUAUUUCACAAUCGAAGAAUGUCGACAGCCGUAGGAAGAGGUCGCGGCAGAGGCCGAGGGAUUUUAUCUCUGAGUAAAGUUGCUCCGUCGCCGAAUCACAAAGUUGGCGGAAAUUGUUCGGAUUUAGAAACUUCUCUUCCAAACAACGAAUUGAACAUUGCUUCGAAUACUUCGGACGAGGGAUCAACAACAGUUCCACCACAGUUGAGGUUACUAGUCAAACCUACUAGCCAGAUUGAUUGUCACGAAGAACAGUUCUGUGAGCAAGUUAGUCAACACAUUGAAAAGCUAUCUUUCGAUGCUCAAGACAGAGACCUUGAUGUCAUUGAAAAGCUGACCCGUGAAUGUGCCCGUGACGAGAACAAUAUCCAGCAAGUUAUUAAGGUUAUCUACAACAAGAGUUUAGUUGACUUAGAUUUUGCUCGUACAGGAGUUAUGAUUUGUGAUCGACUCUCCAAAAUUGAUGGUGAUGGGCUUAAAUACCGCACACACUUGUUAAAUCUUUUACAGAAUGACUUCACAGAUAUACAACAACAUUGGCAAAAGGUGAAGCUAACAGAUCCUGAACAACAGUUCAAAGAAAAUAUACAUGCUACCUCCCAUGAGAAGUUUAAAGGACUUGUAGUGUUUCUGUGCCAUGUUUAUAUUACUAUGACAACCGUGAAGGGAGAAACUUUCAGAGUCCUUGUCAACCCCAUCUUUCAGUGUUUGGAAAUGUUACUGGAAUCAGCUACAAGCGACGACCUGGAGAUACUCAAUAACUUACUUCAAAGUGUGGGCAAACAGCUAGACAAUGAUGAACCUGAAAAAAUGCAAGACCUAUUCAACAAAAUCCGUUUGAAAAUUAUUCAAGGGUCCAGUCCACAGGUACGUUGUUACCUACUAGAGAUUAUAGAGAUCCAAGCCCACAACUGGAAGAUGCUUCCUUCUGACAUAACUAGAUUUUAUUGUGAUACUGCAGCAGAUAUUUUGGCUGGUAUGGUAGUCUGAUGCAUGGAACUAGCUUUUAGUCAACAAACAAUGAAGAUUGUCAUAACAGUUGCUUCUUCCGAAUCUCUCUCCCUCAAGCAACUACAAAAAAUAAAAAUGAAAUUUUUUUUUUUAUUUUGUUCAUUUUUUUUUUAUUAUUUAUAACUGUAAAACCAAUCAACAUUGUUUAAGUUGUCUACCAAAUUGAAUUUUUGUAAACUUUCAAUUAAAUACUGAUUUCA